AUGGUCCAGCAGACCAAAUCCAAGUACAAGAAGGCCGCGUUUGGCCCCAACGAGGUCUCCGUCAUCUUUGUGCUAGGAGGCCCCGGAGCCGGCAAGGGCACCCAGUGCGAGAAGCUGGUCAACGAGUACGGCUUUGUGCACCUGUCUGCCGGUGAUCUGCUGCGAGAGGAGCAGUCUCGACCCAACUCGCAGUACGGCAAGCUCAUCGCCGACUGCAUCAAGGCGGGAGACAUUGUGCCCCAGGAGGUGACCAUUGGCCUGCUCAAGAACGCCAUGAAGGAGAGCGUGGCCAAGGGCAAGACCCGAUUCCUCAUUGAUGGCUUCCCCCGAAAGAUGGACCAGGCCCUCAAGUUCGAGGAGGACGUGGCCGUCUCCAAGUUCACUCUCUUCUUCGAGUGUCCCGAGGAGGUCAUGCUCAAGCGUCUGCUCAAGCGAGGCGAGACCUCGGGCCGAACCGAUGACAACAUCGAGUCCAUCCGAAAGCGGUUCGUGACCUUCAUCGAGACUUCCAUGCCUGUCGUCGACUACUUUGAGACCCAGGACCGAGUCGUGGUUGUCGACUGCAAGCAGGACCCUGACGUGGUUUACGACAAUGUUAAGGACGCUCUUCAUGCCCGAGGCAUUCACCUUAAGCAGUAA